CCACUCAUACCUGGGGUUGGGGCUAGGCCAGGCUUGUUCUCUCCUCCAAAAGGAGGUAGUCUAUUUGCUUUACCCUUUUAGCUUUGCAGAGACCUCGAUCCUUAUGCAAGGCAAGCAGCAGCCCCUGUGAGCACACGAGACAGCCCCGAAAACCUGUGAGAAGAAAGCUCCCUGCUCUGUGGGGCUGCCUGAGCCCAGCCCCUCCCGGCAUCCCCAGGGCCCUGGGCUCUGCAGGCAGUCAGAAGUGGGAGCCAGCCGCAGCCCAGGACUGAAGAGGUUAAUGUGCAUCUGCCUCCGAAUGUUAAUAUGUCUAGGUGAUGUCAGUGGGAGCCAGGGAAGGAGGGAGAAGGGAGGGCAGUUGGGCUUGGAGGCUGCAGAGGCUGCCAGGCUGCCGAGGAAGACCCCCUUCUGGAUUGCAGGGCUUGUGCUCCGGGACAACGUGGUGGGGGCGCUGGAAGCUGCCGCAGCCUGUGUGGGUGGCCGGGAGCUCAACUCGGGGGAACAGGCAACCAGCAGGCUACUGGCAACCAGCAGGCGACCGGCACCGCCUGGAUGGACCUGGAAGCCUCACUGCUGCCCACUGGUCCCAAUACCAGCAACACCUCUGAUGGCCGGGAUAACCUCACCUCGGCUGGAUCGCCACCUCGCACAGGGAGUGUCUCCUACAUCAACAUUAUCAUGCCUUCGGUUUUUGGCACCAUCUGCCUCCUGGGCAUCGUUGGGAACUCCACGGUCAUCUUCGCGGUGGUGAAGAAGUCCAAGCUGCAUUGGUGCAGCAACGUCCCGGAUAUCUUCAUCAUCAACCUCUCAGUGGUCGAUCUCCUCUUUCUCCUGGGCAUGCCCUUCAUGAUCCACCAGCUCAUGGGUAAUGGCGUCUGGCACUUUGGGGAGACCAUGUGCACCCUCAUCACAGCCAUGGACGCCAACAGUCAGUUCACCAGCACUUACAUCCUGACUGCCAUGGCCAUUGACCGCUACCUGGCCACCGUCCACCCCAUCUCUUCCACCAAGUUCCGGAAGCCUUCUGUGGCCACCCUGGUGAUCUGCCUCCUGUGGGCCCUCUCCUUUAUCAGCAUCACCCCCGUGUGGCUCUAUGCCAGGCUCAUCCCCUUCCCGGGGGGUGCGGUGGGCUGCGGCAUCCGCCUGCCCAACCCAGACACUGACCUCUACUGGUUCACCCUGUACCAGUUUUUCCUGGCCUUCGCCCUGCCCUUUGUGGUCAUCACGGCUGCGUAUGUGAGGAUUCUGCAGCGCAUGACGUCCUCAGUGGCCCCCGCCUCCCAGCGCAGCAUCCGGCUACGGACCAAGAGGGUGACCCGCACAGCCAUCGCCAUCUGCCUGGUCUUCUUUGUGUGCUGGGCUCCCUACUAUGUGCUACAGCUGACCCAGUUGUCCAUCAGCCGCCCGACCCUCACCUUUGUCUACCUGUACAACGCGGCCAUCAGCUUGGGCUAUGCCAAUAGUUGCCUCAACCCCUUUGUAUACAUCGUGCUCUGUGAGACAUUCCGCAAACGCUUGGUCCUUUCGGUGAAGCCCGCAGCCCAGGGGCAACUUCGCACCGUCAGCAACACUCAGACGGCUGAUGAGGAGAGGACAGAAAGCAAGGGCACCUGACACUUCCCCUGCCACGCUGGACACCUCCAAGUCAGGACGACACAGCAAACCACGGGAAAUGAUGCUGAGAAAAACCCAAGACCUCUCUGGGAGAAUGCAGGGAGGCUGGGUGGUGAGGAUGGUUGCAACAAAAUGAAUACAUUUCAUGGAGCUCACAGAUUGCCAGGUUUGGGGGAUUCAGACAUCAGAAAGCCCUUUGGGGGAGCAAGGUGAGACCUCCAGGUGAAAAAGAAACUGGGCAAGAAGAAAAUUUUGGUUUG